AUGGAUAGCAUGAGUGAGGCAUUUGAUCAAAUGCAAAUGGUCAAGGAUGUUCUAGCCAACAGUGAUAAAGUUUCAGAGGUCCUACAAGAGUCUACUCAUCAGUUCAACCUGCUUACUUCACCCACCUUCCUACCAAAGGUCAAGGAUCAAGGGAAAUUCACUCUCCCUUGCACACUUGGGCAUCUUGAGAUUGACAAUGCCUUAGUGGAUUCUGGAGCAAGCAUCAAUCUGAUCUCUCUCUCCAUGGCAGAGAAGCUAGGCAUUGCUGGAGCCUUGCAGCGCCCUACUACUUCAAUCAUGUUUGGAGAUGCAACUUCUAAGUCUCCUCUUGGAGUGUUCAAGAACUAUCACUUGAAAAUUGGAGAAUGCAUCAUCCAAACUGAUCUCACUGUGAUGGAAAUGGAAGAAGAGAAGGAUUACCUCUGUUAUUGGGAACCCCUUUCCUUACCUAGAGGUUCAGACUUUUGUGCCACAAUUGACAGUACCACUCUCAGUUCUAAGAGUCAUGGAGCUACAAAGGUUGUGAAGGAAAGGGUUGACAAAGAACCAAGAGUUGGGAAGGAUAAGGAUGAGAGAGGACCAAGGAUUGAGAAGCCACGUCUUGAGAGGGCUAGAGUUGAGAAACCACGAUCUGAUAGGCCAAGAGCUGAGAGACUUGUUCAAGCCCCUUGUGUGCUUGAUGAAGAGAGCCUUCAAGCUUUGUUUGAUGAGCCACUAGGAAGGGCUCUAAAAGAAGGGGAGGAUGCAGCCUCUAAGGCAAGACCAGGUGAUAAAAGAAAGGAUCCACCAGCUCAGGCCCCUUCAGUCAAGCCAUCUCAGCUCACAAUGACUUUGUUCCCCACCAAGUUUGAAAAUGGGAAGAUUGAGUACAAGAUAAGGUACAAGGGGAGAUCAAGGCCAUUCUCUAGAGCCAAGGCCUUGGUGACUUCAGAACAGUCCAGGGACCCAACCAAGCUAAAGGAGCUUCUGUCUCAAGUCCUCACUAUCACCCUUGAUGGUGGGACUAGCUCAACCAAUGCCUAA